CGUCAAUCUUAAUUCAAUCUUAAUUAGUAAAUCAUCUUUGGAGAAUAGAAUAGUUAUUAUGAAAAUAAUUAUAAAUUUAAAUUAAAUGUAUUACAAGAAGAAUUAUGCCGUGUAAUUUUAAAAUUUAAUUUUAAAAUUUAUUCUAAUUCCAUUUAAUUCGGGCGCAACUCAUUCGCCUUACACAUUAGCGGAUGUCCAAGAUAUCAACGUACUUGUACGAACGGAAUAUUUCGAGGAGCGAAUUCUUCCUCGGGGCGAAACCAAAUAAACUGUAACAGACAUGUGAAAGAGCCGUGUAUCCCGGAUUUCUAUAAUGUCAAAGUGCACACGAUUACCAGCGACGAUAAUUCUUGCAAGUUAGACAAAGAGGGGAAAAGAAAGAAAGAAAGAGAGAAAGAGAGAGGGAAAGAGAGAAAAGAGUAAGAGAGAUAAAUUAAUGGUUAUCGGUGGAUGGGUUGCCUCAUCAGCUUCUGAUUGUUCACCACGUCAUUUUUCAUAUCUCUUUUAUUGAUUUCGGUCCAGAAGGUAUAUAAACUGAUUCGGCCACUGUGCCGGCCGAUCCUUCGUACAUCAAACAACACACAAGGAUGAAAGCGGUUGCGUUGAUCUUGGCGGCGGCCUGCCUGGCUCACGCCACGCAGGUGCCCACACACACCGCCACUAAGCAGUACCUGACCAAGCAGAAGAGCAUCUACGAGCUCUUUUGGCACAUUGACCAGCCGACCGUCUAUCAUCCAGAGCUCUACCAGAAGGCGCGAUCCUUCAGCGUCGAAGACAACAUCUCUUCCUACAACGACCAGGCGAUAGUGACCGAGUUCCUGCAGCGAUGGAAGCACGGAAUGCUCCCACGUGGAGAUGUGUUCUCCGUGAUAUACCGCCAGCAUUAUGACGAGAUGAUCUGUCUGUUCCGCGUCUUGUACACCGCCAAGGACUUCGACACCUUCUACAACACAGCCGUGUGGGCGCGAUUCCACGUGAACGAGCACACGUUCGUUUACGCGUUGAUCAAUGCCGUGAUGCACCGUCCAGACACCAACGACCUCCGUGUGCCGCCAUUGUACGAAGUCCUCCCGAACUUCUUCUUCAACGAGGACGUCUUGCACAAGGCCUAUCAUGUCGCGAUGGGUGACACAACAGGUACUGCGAGCAUAAAGAAGACGAUUAGCGGUGUCGACACAUACUACAUUCCCGCCAACUACAGCGGCUGGUACGUGGUCAGGGAUGAAACACCAGAACAACAGAAGUUGAGUUACUACAUCGAGGACGUCGGCCUGAACGCUUACUUCUACCUAUCGUACCACGACUUCCCAUGGUGGAUGAACAGCGUCGAAUACCACAUGCCCGAGCACAUCCGGGGUGAAUCGUUCAUAUACAAUUUUAAGCAGAUGCUCACUCGCUAUUAUUUGGAAAGACUGUCUAACGACAUCGGCGAGAUCGAUUAUGUCGACGUGACUAGACCCAUCGUCACCGGUUAUUACCCGACGAUGCAUUCCCACAACGGAGUACCGUUCAUUCAACGCCCUGUCAAUUCCAAGAUUCCUCUUCAUAAUCAUCAUUACGUUGAGGCUCUGCAAGACUUCCAGAACCGCAUCGCCGACGCCAUCGACAACGGCUAUCUCGUCGACAAACAUGGCAAACAUAUCAACAUCUACGACACCGCAGAGGGCCUCAAUCACCUUUGCAACGCGAUCCAAGGCAAUGCCGAUUCGGUCAAAAAGGAAUACUACGGUAGCUUGGAAUACAUGUACAGAAUGAUCCUCGGCUUCGUCCCGCAAUCGACUACCAAGUACCACAUCGUGCCCACCUCUCUCCAUUUCAUCUGCACCAGCAUGAGGGAUCCCCUGUUCUUCGGAAUGGCCAAGAACAUCGUCAACUAUUGGAUGAGAUACAAGGCCAACUUACCGAGUUACACGCACAAGGAACUCGUCUUCCCGGGCGUGAAGAUCGAGUCUGUCACCGUCGAUAAGCUGAUGACUUUCUUCGAUCACUUCGAUUCGCUCAUCAAUAACGCCGUGUCGGUGCAGAGCCACGAGAAAGCUCAGUCGAUGUUGAUCAAGGCGCGUCAGCAGCGUCUGAACCACAAGCCCUUCACCUAUCACAUCACGGUGAACAGCGACAAGAACACGAAGGCGGUCAUUCGCAUCUUCUUCGCGCCGAAAUACGACGUUCACGGCCACGAGCUCGACAUAAGCGAGAAUUACAUGAACUUCUUGGAGGUAGACCAGUGGAUCGUUGACCUGAAAUCCGGUAUCAACAAGAUCGAGCGCCACAGCCACGAGUCGAUCUACGUUGUUCCGGACGAGGUGCCGAGUGAGGUCCUGUACAAGAAGAUCGUAAAAGCCAUUGAGAACGACGAGCCAUUCACCUACCCAGGACAACUGUACGGUUUCCCCGAACGCCUGGUGCUUCCUAAGGGCAAGAAGGAGGGCUUCCCGCUCAAGAUGUUCGUCUGUGUGACGCCGUUUGACGAGACCAAGUCCUUCAAGAUCGAUUCUCCCGUCUGGGGCCCGAGCGUAGCGGACGGUCACCCAAUGGGAUACCCGCUUGACAGACCCGUAAACAACUUCAACUUCACCGUGCCCAACUUCUAUAUGAAAGAUGUGCUGGUCUAUCACAGACUGGCCGAAGAACUGAACCUUACAAUAUAAAAGAAAUCUCCCUGCAAUCUUUGACUUCUAACAGGCGAUCGUGUCUUCUUGUCUCUCGACUGCUCUCUCUAUCUAUCUCUCUCUCUCUCUCUCUCUUUCUCUCUUUCUCUACUUUCGGCUACAGUCUUACAAACGAUGAUAUAUUUUGCGUACACGCUUUAUUUCCCGCUUGCAGCUUGCGUCCAAUACGCGCGAUCGCCGGAAUGAGAGACCGAUUCACACUUGCACUGAAUUAGAGAAGAUAAGCGCGUACGCUAGCAGCGUCGUCUUUUCACGCCGUUGUGUUCUGUGUAAUGCAUUUGGACUGCACCUGAAAUAAAUUCUCCGAAACAUUCUUUAUAAUUGCGAUGUCAAUUUCUUUUUUCCGCACAUACGUCGAGUUUUUUUCCUAUUUCCGAUCAAUCUUCUUUCGAUUCUACGUCGCAAGAGCGAACAUCAGAAAGUUUUAUUUUGUGUAAUAUUCUCAUUGCACCCAUCCUAUAUAUUUACAUUUACUGCUAAUAUUAUUAUUAACAUUCUAUUAUUUUUCUGCUUUUAUUCUCGUCACGAUGAUCGUCGUAAUGCGAGGCAAAACUCGAAAGGAAAAGGUUUAAACGGAUUAGUCGAGAGUACACAUUAAACGCGUUGUCAUGUAACUAAGUUAGAAAUGAGAGAGAAAUAAUAAUUUUAUAAGCUCAAGUAUGUUGAUAUUAUUACAUUAUUUAUCAUCGUCGAGAUCGCAUUUUUUCGUAUGCUGGCCGCGCUUCGUUUCGAAAUUUGUUGAUGCGACGAUUUCGAUGGUCACGAUGGUUCGUUCGCCGAUGAUACUCUGUGUCAAUAUGAGAUAAAUAAGUGAACUUACGAGCUUUUUUAAUUGUACGCAGAUAAAUACGUGUCAAACAAGUCCUUUUAACGGAGCCAUAAAUAUGG